AUGGCUCCUCACGCAGAGACUGGAAGCAGUGAUGCUGGUGACAAGCCAUCAACACUGGCACCCCUCGAGCCCGGCAUUCCUGAAGUCGAGGCCAAAGUAAAGAUGCCCGCUUUCCCAAAGCCUCCUGCUUUCGAUGACAAGUACAAGGAACGUGCGUACUGGAAAGGCCGUCUCGCAGCGGCGUUCCGCAUAUUUGGGAAGUAUGGCUACGAUGAAGGCGUUGCCGGCCACAUAACGUACCGCGACCCCGUUGAACCUGAUACGUUCUGGGUGAACCCAUUCGGAACUGCUUUUAGUCUCAUCAAAGCCUCCGACCUCAUCCGCGUUAGUGAGGAGGGCAAGGUUAUUGAGGGUGGUGAGAAUCGGCUGCUCAAUGCCGCUGCGUUUGCAAUUCACUCCGCCAUUCACCAGGCCCGCCCCGAUGACGCCUGCGCCUUUCACAAUGACCACGCCGUCUACGAGUCCUUCAACGGAAUUGUGCUCGCUGCCGAGGAGGGCCGCAACAUUGCGCGCUGUGUUGGAAACAAGAAGGCAGCACUACUCCAGAACCAUGGACUCCUGACCGUAGGGAAUACCAUCGAUGAGGCGGUCUUUUGGUUUGUGAGCAUGGACAAGUGCUGCCAGGCGCAACUGCUGGCGGAGGCUGCCGCGGGGCCUCGGGGCGAGAAGCCUAUCGUCAUAGACGAUGAGGAUGCCGCCUUCACGUACAAGACGGUGGGAACUACAUACGCGGGAUACUUCAGUGCCAAGCCGCUUUUUGAUGUGAUUCACAAGGAGACUGGAGGUGACUACCUAGAAUGA